AUGGUAGACAAGGCUGAAAAAAAACUCCAGGACGAAGCAAUAGAAUCAACUUCUGAAAAAAGAAAACUACGUAAAUUAGAAGAUGAUGAAGAAUAUGAUUAUAUAACAACACCACCUGAUGGUGGUUAUGGUUGGGUCGUUCUUAUAGCAUGUUUUAUGAUUAAUUUAAUAGUUGAUGGUUUUCUUUAUGCAUUUGGUGCGAUUUCAAAAGAUUUAAUACGUGCCUAUAAUUGUCAAGAAUGGGCUGUAUCGCUUGUUAUUUCUCUUGCGUGUGGUUUUUAUUUACUUAGUGCACCUGUAGCUUCUGCACUUUGUAAUAAAUGGGGAUGUCGUCCAGUUGGUAUAAUUGGAAGUAUUAUUGCAUCAUUAGCUGUUGCAUCAUCAGUAUUUUCACCAAAUAUUUAUAUAAUGUGGUUAUUAUUCGGUUUUAUUGGUGGAAUUGGUAUGGGUUUAAUCUAUCUGCCAAGUAUUAUAAUGGUUGGAUAUUAUUUUGAAGAUAAACGUGCUAUAGCUACAGGUAUUGUUACGGCAGGAACAGGAAUUGGUUCAAUUACAUUUGGACCACUGUCACGAGUUUUAUUUAAUUCUUUUGGUUGGAAAUAUGGUUUACUUAUAUUCGCUGCUAUUCUUCUUUUAUGCGUUAUUUGUGCUGCUUUGAUGGUUCCUUUAAAACCAAUAAAAAAACGACGUAUAUUACAACCAACUGAAAUAAAUGAUGAUAAUGUCUUUGCACCAACAACAACUUCACCGUUACUCGAUCAAACGAUCGAUUCUAAGGUUGCUAUUGCACAAACAUCUGUUCAUCAAUCUAAUCCAAAUAUACAUGAAGAAGUAGCAGAAGAAUUAAUACGAAAACGAAAAGGUUCAAUUAUUUCAACUAAAUCAAGACAAAGUAUUAAACUAGAUGAUGCUGCUCGUCCUUUAUAUAAAGAAGAUGUACUUUAUCAAGGUGAUCCGAGAGAUCUACCUGAAUAUCAAUCACAACCAGAUAUACCUACUUAUAUUCAAGAAACAACAAAAGUACCUGAAGCGAAAGACAAAUCACCAAUGAAAGCCUUUUGGGAUGUGUUUCUUUCUAUGACAAAUAUUAAUGUUUUGAACGAUAAAAAAAUGAUUAUCAUUUGUUUGGCGAAUAUUUGUUCAAUGAUCGGUUAUUAUGCACCUUAUCAAUAUAUCGUUAAAUUCGCAGAGUUAGAAAGAUCUAUUUCUGAGAAAAAUGCUGUUUAUCUAUUAUCAUACAUUGGUUUUGCAAAUACAUUUACUCGUUUUGCAUCUGGUUGGAUAACAAAGAUUCCUUAUAUGUCACCAUUACUUGUUAAUAAUAUUGGUAUAGUAGUAGCUGGAAUAGCAACAUUACUUACUCCAUUUUGUCUUACAUAUAUACAUCUUAUUAUAUAUUGUAUCAUAUGGGGCGGUUUUAUAGCAUUUCAUGUAUCAUUAAGUCCAGUUAUUGUUUGUGAAAUAGUUGGUCUUGAACGAUACAGUAGUGCAUUAGGUUUGACUUUAAUGUUUCGUGGUAUAACAUCAUUAAGUGCUCCACCUGUAAUGGGUGCUAUUCGAGAUAUAACAGGAAGUUUCAACAUUCCAUUUAUGAUUAGUGGAAUUAGUUUUCUAGCAAGUGCCUUAAUGCAUUUUUAUCUUAUGUGGAUUCAGUAUCAAGAAAAAAAAUCGAAAAAGAAUAUCGAAUCAGUAAAAAGUCAAAAAGCAUUAGAGGUGUGA